AUGAUUCAACAUGAACUUCAAGAUCUACUUGCAAGAAAUGAAGAAUUACAACAACUAAUGCAAGAACAACAAAUUCAAUACGAAAGAGAAAAAUGUCAGCAUGAUUUCAUUGAAACCAUCAAUGCUCCAUACAAACACAAAAAGGCGAUUAAGAAAUUAAUUCAACGAAAAUAUGAAUUAGAAUCUCAAAAUAUUAAAUUUAAAAGUUUAUUUUCAUUGAUAAGAAAUGCUAAAAGUAAAGAAGAAAUUGAUCAAGUUUUAAAUAUUAAGGAACUUCAAGAAACGAGCGACACACUCAAACAUGAUGAGAAAAUCAAUACCAUUCCCGUGCCAACAAUAAGUACACCAACAACGAAUACCAUCGUCAUGAUGCCUUCGAAAUGCUCCUCCUAUUCACCUAAAUCCAGUAGUACUACUGCUACCCCUUCACCACGAUCAUCACAUUUUGCAACCUCACCAUCGUUCUCAAGGACAAGUGCUUGUCCAACCACAACUAACAAAUUCCAACACAAGAAGAACAUUCAUGAUACGAGUCUUCCUUCUUCUUGUGUGAUUCAGAGUCCCAAACAUAUUGAAACAACAGCAUCAUCCAACAUGAUUACAGAUCUAAGAAAUCAACUCACAAAAUACAAAACAAAGAAUCAAAAAUUACAAGAACAAGUAGAAACAUGGAAGAAUUUAGUAGACAUGUAUGAACAAAUGUUUGGAGUUGUCAAAGUAAGCUCCGCUGAACUACUGGAGAAGUAG